UACUCAUAAAUACUGCAUAAAUGAAAACUUUAAAAGUUAUGGGGCCUUAAUUCUUCAUUGGGCUUUAAAUCGUUAUUGGGCUUAUGGAGUGAGUCUUAACUUUCCAAAAAUCAAAUCUUUAGGGUUUCUCUAAAGUCUCUGUGCCGCACUGCAAACUUCUUCUUCUAGUCGAGUACGAAAACCUAAACCCCAAGCUCAAAUUCGGAUUUUGCAGCUAUGAGUCGGUCAGGUCAACCUCCGGAUCUCAAGAAGUACAUGGACAAGAAACUCCAAAUCAAGCUUAAUGCUAACCGAAUGGUUGUUGGAACUCUUCGUGGGUUUGACCAGUUCAUGAAUCUUGUCGUUGACAACACUGUUGAGGUGAACGGUGAUGACAAAACCGACAUUGGAAUGGUGGUGAUAAGGGGGAACAGCAUUGUCACCGUGGAAGCUCUUGAACCAGUGGGCAGAUCUUCUUAGCUCCGUAUAUGCAUCCAGUUAAUCAUCUCUUUGUUCUAAUCACUUAGUUUUUUUUUUCUUAUUCUCUGUUUGAUAACACUUGGUGGUAGAUUCUGAACUGAUCAGUAAGAAGUCUACAUGAUUACUCUUUCUUGUACUAAAAUGAUUGGAAUGAGCCCCCAAGAAUGUGAUGAAUAUGCAGAUUUUUUUCGUUCUAUUUGUGUGUU